AUGGAGAGGGAGUUUCAGUCACUGGAAAGUUACAAUGAAAAAACCAAUAGUUUUGAAGCUUCUCAAUAUUCUGGACGACAAAGAGAUGGAAACAUAAGGGACAACGGCCGAGUUGAAGAAUGGAUAGAGCAGUUCAAGGUCGAUACGGAGAAGAAUGGACUAGGCAUUUCAGUAGAGCCAAUAACUCUCCUUUUUGAGGAUCUAUCAUUCAUGAGGUACGAUGAAGACAUGAAAGAAGGCACUUCAAUUUUCAGCAACAUCAUGGGUUACGCUAGGCCUAGAAACAUGCUUGCCUUGAUGGGUGGUUCCAAAGGAAGUAAAUCUACUCUUCUAAAAUGCCUGGCUGGGAGGGCACCUUCAAUGGGUAGCCUCGAAGGCAGCCUCCAGGCAAAAUGUUGGGACAAGGUUCCUGCUUAUUCUAGACUUAUUAGCUAUGUAGAGAAGCUCGAUGCACACCAACCUUAUCUCUCAGUUCGUGAGACCCUUCAUUUCAGUGCUGCACUCCGUCUCAGUCAAACAAUCAGUUCUGUGAAUCGUCACAUCCAUGUGGAGCUAGUCCUUGACCAACUUGAUCUAUUGCCUUACUCAAAUCAACUAGUUGGUUCCCUUCGUGAUGCUACUGGAAAAACAUUUGAGAUAGCCAAGAAGAUAACCAUUGCUGUUGAACUCGCUGCUAAUCCAAGUAUUCUCUUUCUCGAAGAACCGUUAUCAGGACUAGACAGCAGAGGUACUGCAAGUAUCCUCAAUGUUCUUUCUCAAGUUUCCAAUUCAGGGCGUGUAAUUAUCGCCACUUUAGCACACCCUAAUGCCCGCACACUUGAUUUCUUUGACUUGGCCCUAAUUCUGACACAUGAAGGGCAGCAAGUGUACUUUGGCCCAAUAGGACCCGACUGCAGUGACCUGCUAGGUUAUUUCUUAUCAGUUACAAAAGUUCCCUACGAUUCCAUGAGAGCAAGUCCAGUUGGUUUUGUCAUGGCAACUCUUGGAGUAGGCAUAAAAAAGAGAGCGACACCACCAAUAAACUUUGCAGGGGCCUACCCAAGCUAG